AUGGACCCCAAGGUUGCAAUCCAGAGGGAGGCGAGGAAUGCUCAUUUCUUCGAGAAAGCCUCCAGUGGCGGAGUGAGCAGGAUCAGCAAAGCUGGCAGAAAGUUCAGCAGCGGGUAUGGUGGCAACGACAAGGAUGAUGAGGCGAGCCAUGAGGCAAUGGACAAGCAGGUUACCAAGUUCUUUGCCGCCUACAAAAAAGCGGAGAACGAGAAGCGAGAGCACAAAGACAGAGUGGACAGGACCCUUCAAGCCAUGCGCAAGAGCUUUCAGGAGGCAGCAAGGGAUGCCGAGCCGGAUGAACUGCCACGGUUGAUGCAAGAGCACCUGCAUGCCGAAGAUGAGCUCAUGAGAGCAGAUCUUCGCAUGUGGUCACCUGACGAUUUCGAGUCAUUGACCAUCCUGGGUAAGGGUGGCUUUGGCACCGUGCACUUGGUGAGGUUGCGCGUCAACAAUCAGAUCUAUGCGCUGAAGCGGAUGAGCAAGGAGCAUUACAAGAAGAAGAACGCACUGGUCUUCAACGAGCGUGAUGCACUGGCAGGGCUGAGCUCCCGGUGGUGCACCAAGCUCUUGUGCGCCUUCCAGGAUUCCACAAAUGUGUUCAUGGCCAUGGAGUUCUUGCAGGGAGGCAGCUUGACAACGCACAUCACAAGGCGUGGCAGGCUUUCACUAGAGGAGACUGCCUUCUACGUGGCCGAGCUCAUCGAGGCGGUUUCGGAAGUUCACCGCUACGGCCAUGUACACCGGGAUCUGAAGCCAGACAACAUCAUGCUAUCGGCUGAAGGCCAUCUCAAGUUGCUGGACUUUGGCCUCUCAGCAGUACAAGACGAAAGUGGCACUGCCAAGUGCGACUUGAUCUGCGGCACUCCGGAAUACAUGGCACCAGAAGCCUUCGACGGGUACAGCAGCUGCAGGAGCGACAUCUGGGCCAUUGGGGUCAUUACUUACGAAUGUCUGACCGGCCUGCUCCCUUUCGACAUUCCCUCCGAUGCUCGCACUGCCAUGCACAAGAUGGAUGCUAUAGCCGAUCAGGCCUUCAACGUGGAGGAGCACUUGCCCAGGAAGCUUAAACUGGCCCGUGACCGGCAGUUUGUGAUUGGUACUCCCGACAGCGAGUUCGAGAAGGGGCGGCAUUUCCUUACGGGAGUGCUCCGAUCCAAUGACGAAGAGCGACUUUCGCUGUCGGAGUGCCGGGAAGAGGCUGUUUUCGAUGGCCUCGACUUUGCGUCGUUGCACAAGAUGCGACCGCCCCUCUCAGUCAAGGUCACUGGUUCAACAGACUUGACCUACUUCGACGUGCCGGACUGCGAGCCGGAAUCACUGCCAAAAGGACAAGACAUCACGGAAUGGAACACUUCGAUGAAGUGGACGCACUUUGAGCUCGAUGGUCAGGUCAGCGCGGCCACGAAGCAACGAAAGAGCAAGUAUUGA